AAAUCUUCUGUUUGGAAUCGUAUUUGACACGCCCUCCACUGACAUCACUUUGGUUUUUCAAAAAGUAAAAACAGUACUCGCCCGUGGCGGAAGUCUCUUUGCUGCUCAAAUCUUCCCCAAGAAAUAUAAGUUUCAAUCAAAACCCUAGUUUUCACCAUCUAUUGCACAUCUCUGUCACAAUGGAGUUCAGAUUCGGAGGAUUCGAUCAACUUUAUCGUACGCCUAACUUCUCCCAUCGGGCUCCGGAAGAGGGGUUAUUGAACGGAAGAAGUUCCGGCGGCGGUGGCGGAAGGUCGGAGACUUUCCGUGAUAUCGAGAAGAAGAUAAUCAGAGAGGAGAUAUUGGCGGAGGAAGCGGAGCGGAGGCGAGUUUUGAAAGCUGAAGUUAGAAAGGAACUCAUGAUGGAACGGGAGAUGAUGGCAAUGCAGAGCUCCCUGGGAUAUUCGUCGUCGCUCAUGCUAGAGCCGCCGCAUAGCCACCACAACUGGUUUCAUCCUGCUGCCCUUCAUGGUGAAUCUCGGGAAUUGGAGGUGGUUUCCUUCAAGCGGGUUCCACAGUCGCCUGAGAGAAAACUCUUUGGUCCAACCCUUUCAGGAGGUUCAACUGAGCUUUGUUACAGUUCGAGAAAGAUAGGAAGCGAGUUGAAGUGUGCUCUUUGUGAGGUCACCGCAACGAGUGAGCGGGGAUUUCAGGAGCAUCUGGCCGGAAAGAAACACAAGGCCAAGGCAGCUUGCCUGAUAACCAGCCACACCGGAAAGACCAAGAACUGCGUAAUGGAGAGCUCACUCAAAUCAUGUAAAUUAGGAGCCUCCGAUAAGAAAGUUGUGACGAAAAGGAAAAAACAUUCGAAAAACCUUAAACGUCGCCGAAAAUCUAGAGGCAAAACUUGCUAGCUUUAGCAUCUGUUUAAAAGAAAUUUGUAAUUUUGGAACUUUUUUCUAAGAAAAUUGCAUCUUGUUUUAGGAUUAAAA